AGCUGCAGGAGAUGGUCCCGGAAUCAUUUUCACCAUUUACUGGCCAGGCUUAAAAUCCGAGCAGGUACGGAGGAGCCGAUGUGUCUGCUGGUCUGGGAAGUGACAUGGAGUGACUUCGCUUAUACUGUAACUACCGCAAGAUAAAAGGCAUCAUUCCCGUCCAAAAAAACUGGCAUCAUGGUCGUCAAUUCUGUGCAUUGGUUCCGGAAAGGGCUGAGGCUUCACGAUAAUCCGGCUUUACAGGAAGCUUUGAACGGUGCAGAUACUGUGCGGUGUGUUUAUAUACUGGAUCCAUGGUUUGCGGGUUCUGCCAACGUUGGUAUCAACAGAUGCAGGUUUUUACUUGAAUCUCUGGAGGACUUAGAUACAAGCCUGCGAAAGUUGAAUUCAAGGCUCUUUGUGGUUCGUGGGCAACCUGCUGAUGUAUUUCCACGUUUGUUCAAGGAGUGGAAUGUCACCCGUCUGACCUUUGAAUAUGACUCUGAACCAUAUGGAAAAGAGCGGGAUGCUAUGAUUAUUAAAAUGGCAAAAGAGUUCGGAAUAGAGACUGUUGUGAGGAACUCGCAUACACUGUAUAACCUGGACAAAAUUAUUGAACUGAACAACAACAGCCCUCCCCUCACCUUCAAACGGUUCCAGGCGAUUGUUAACCGUCUGGAGCUGCCCAAGAAACCCCUGCCGACCGUAACUCGGCAGCAGAUGGACAGCUGUUGGACAGAUGUGUUGGUCAACCAUGACGAGCGGUUUGGGGUUCCCUCCCUGGAGGAGUUAGGGUUUAAGACACAGAGACUGAGCCCUGCAGUGUGGAAGGGUGGUGAAAUGGAAGCUCUGGACAGGCUUAAAAAGCAUUUGGACAGAAAGGCUUGGGUGGCAAAUUUUGAAAGGCCCCAGAUCAAUGUUUGUUCCCUCAUCGCCAGUCCUACUGGUUUGAGUCCUUACCUACGGUUUGGCUGCUUGUCAUCUCGACUGUUCUAUUACGAACUACGGGACCUCUAUUUGAAGGUACGCAAGCACCCUAAUCCACCGCUCUCGCUCUUUGGUCAGCUGCUUUGGAGGGAAUUCUUCUAUACGGCAGCUACCAACAACCAAAACUUUGACCGGAUGGAGGGGAACCCCAUCUGCGUGCAGAUACCAUGGGACCAUGACCCCGAGUCCCUCGCUAAGUGGGCUGAGGGCCGCACGGGCUUCCCCUGGAUCGACGCCAUCAUGACGCAGCUGCGGCAGGAGGGCUGGAUUCACCCGCUGGCUCGGCAUGCCGUCGCCUGCUUCCUCACACGGGGAGACCUGUGGCUCAGCUGGGAGAGCGGAAUGAGAGUAUUUGAGGAGCUGCUUCUGGAUGCAGACUGGAGUAUUAAUGCGGGAAGCUGGAUGUGGCUGUCCUGCAGUGGCUUCUUCCAGCAGUUCUUCCACUGUUACUGCCCUGUAGGCUUUGGAAGAAGAACAGAUCCCAGUGGAGAGUACAUCAGGAGGUAUAUACCAAAGCUGAAGAACUAUCCGAAUAGGUACAUCUAUGAGCCCUGGAAUGCCCCAGAGACAGUGCAGAAAGCAGCUGACUGCGUGGUGGGCAAGGACUACCCCAAGCCUAUGAUAAACCAUGCUGAGAGCAGCCGCCUCAACAUAGAACGGAUGAAGCAGGUCUACCAGCAGCUCUCACGCUACAAGGGACUCAGCUUGCUGGCCACUGUUCCUACUAUUCAAGAGGAGGUAGAACCACCAGCGAUGGAGGACUCGGGUGCCCACAGCAGCAAUGACGUGUGUCCUGCUCAGCCUAGCAGAAAGGCUUUGCUGAGGAAGAGGGAGAGGCCAGCAGAGAUGCAGAGAGCAGCUGCAUGCACACAGCCCAAGGUGCAGCGCAUCAGCUCGGCAGAAGGGAGUGCAGAUGAUCAGCAGUAGCAAUGGCGCUGGCCGGACCUGGAGUGCAGCCUUCUGACGUGAGGCACGCAGGGUCUGCCUGAUGUUCUCCUGCCCUGUGCUGCCCUCCUGUGCUCCCUGAGGUGUGAAAAUGCUUCUUGACAGCAGCAGUCCUAAAAACGAAUGCAAAUCAACAGCACAAAGAUCAGCAUAAAAGUAACGUGGUGGUCGAGAAUCUGACUACAAGGUUACAGAAGAUGCUCAUGCCUGCCAUUUCUGAAUGUCUCUUGCAUUUACAAAAUGUUUGAGUAGUGCGGCGGUACUUAUUUGUGGGUUUUUCCCGCUUUCUCUGUUAUCCAUGUGGUUUGGAUUGUCUUUAACAUAGCAUGGCAUUCCAUUAAGCAAUAAAUCCAGAACACUCCAGUUUCCUAAAUCAAAAUUCAGUCUCUGCUGUUUGUAUUGACUGUGCUGCCAUCACAUAAUAGUUUAGUUUAGGCAUAAAAAUAUUUCUCUGUAUAAUCUGUACUUAUGGCAUACAAAGAAGUAUGAGAAAACACACAUUGAUCUGCAUUUUUUUAAUGAUCUAAAGUCUAAAUUGUGUUAGAUGCAUAGACUUACAUAAAUGUAAUUUAGUAUUAUUUAAUCAUGUGAAAAGUAAACAAGAAGUCAUUUUU